CGCAUGACAUCAACGCCCUCCCCCCAACAAUUUAUUCACUAAGGCCAGCGAGCUUCCCGUGUAUCGUCAUGGCAUCCUCUCUGCACGUCAACGGGGACCGGCGGCCCAGCAACACCAGACACCCCACCGCGCCUCCCACCAUGAUGAACUCUCACUUCGCCCCUGUAGGAGAGAACCCCAGCCGGGAGCAGUACGAGCAUGGCAUCCAGGUCAUCGACGAGGACAAGGAGUUCAACCAGCACCUCUCCACAUACCUCAGCAUCGAGAAAAUCAUACCCGCCGGCUUCAACUACCACCUGAUCUCCGUCUUCGGCUCGCAGUCGACCGGCAAGUCGACGCUCCUAAACUACCUCUUCGGCACCGAGUUUGGCGUCAUGUCGGAGCAGGAGCGGCGGCAGACUACGAAGGGCAUCUGGAUGAGCAAGAACAAGCGCGUGAGCGCGGUCAAGGACGCGAACAGCAUGGCGGAUAAUAUUCUCGUCAUGGACGUGGAGGGCACGGAUGGGCGGGAGCGCGGCGAGGACCAGGAUUUCGAGCGCAAGAGCGCGUUGUUCGCGCUUGCGACGAGUGAGGUGCUCAUUGUGAAUAUUUGGGAGCAUCAGGUCGGCUUGUAUCAGGGGGCCAAUAUGGGGCUGUUGAAGACGGUGUUUGAGGUCAAUUUGCAGCUGUUUAUCAAGGAUAGCAAGACUAUUGCGAAGACGCUUCUGUUUUUCGUUAUUCGAGAUCACAUUGGUACGACGCCCAUGUCUAACCUGCGGAACACCCUCCUCCAAGACCUGUCUCGGAUAUGGUCGACGCUCUCGAAGCCUAAGGGCCUCGAGAACUCGCGGAUAGAAGAUUACUUUGAUUUUGCCUUCUGCGCGCUACCACACAAGAUCCUACAACCGGAGAAAUUUGAGGAGGAGGUGGAGAAGCUCAGCCAUCGGUUCAGAGAAGGCUAUAAUGAUCCUAAGAAGAGCGGGUUGCUGGACGAGGGAUCGCUCCCCGUUUUCCUACCCCAGUACCACCGGCGGAUUCCCGCCGACGGCUUUCCGGUAUAUGCGGAGGGCAUCUGGGAUCAGAUUGUGAAUAACAAGGACCUGGACCUACCAACGCAGCAGGAGCUGCUCGCACAGUUCCGAUGCGACGAGAUUUCCCGAGAGGUUCUCGUUGCUUUUGACGAGACUAUCACGCCGCUAGAGGAUAAGCAGGCUGAAGGUGUGAGGCUAGGACAGCCGACUGUGCUUGCGGGGCUUGGUCCUGCUAUGAACGUAGCCCGAUCGACUAUACUAAAGGACUUCGAGACCAAUGCGAGCAGAUACCACAAGGGCGUGUAUACUCGAAAGCGAGCGGAACUGGAGAGCAAAGUCGAUACUCGACUCAAAGCACUAUUCCAAAAGCAACUCAGUGCGGCUAACAAAGCCGGAGUGGAACAAUUCAGCAGUGCCGUCAGUGCGGCGGUCAAGAGUGGGCAGAAAAAAGGAAACAACUACGACUUUGCGCACAUCGUGGACUCAGAGAAGGCCAAGGCCCUGGCGAAGUUCGAGGAGGAUGCACAGGCUGUACUGGUCCAGGGCGCGUCUUGGAGCACGUACCAGGCCGAUCUGACUCUCUACAAGAAAGACUUGGAAGAGGUCUCCGCGCGGUUGCGGAAAGAUGAGAUGCGGCGCCUUGCUACGCGAGUUGAGCGAUGGGUCCGGUCGAGGCUGGGCGAGUCGGUUGGUUUGGAGUUCAAUAAGCUGGGCACUGGCCGGGGAGGAUCUGGCGCUCCAGAGCAUGGAGAUAGACCAGCGACGGAAAAGGACCUUUGGGACCGGAUAUGGGCCGUCUUCACCGAGACUGUUGAGAGUGCUGAGGGCCGGUUCACAGAUCGGGCACGCAGCUUCGAUGCAAGCCCUGAUGAAGUCGAAGUCGGGCUUUGGCGACUGCGGCGGAAGUCGUGGGGUGUAUUGAGGGCGAAGAUUGACGAGGAGGUCAUGGAAGGCAAUAUCCUCCUCAAGCUUCGGGAGAACUUCGAGGACAAAUUUCGCUACGAUGAGUCCGGCGUCCCCCGCAUCUGGCGCCCAACCGACGACAUCGAGGGUCUCUACACCAAAGCGCGUGAAUCAACUGUCACCAUCAUCCCGCUCCUCGCCCGGUUCAAGCUUGCAGCUACCUCCGCGCCACCACCUCUCGACGCUUGGAUCGGCAGCGCACCCGCCUCUACUUCCUCGGCCGACGAAGAGGACCUCGCGCCUAUCGGCGGCGUUGACGAAGACGAAGGGAAGAGCCUCGAGGAAGAGAUGACCGUCCUUAAUGACACCAAGAUGCAGGAUCUGCUAGUAAGAUUCAAGAAGACGGCAGAUGGCGUCUACGUUGAGGCAAAGCGCAGUGCGAUCGGGGGUAUGACACAGGUGCCGCUCUAUUUCUAUGGUUUGCUUCUUGCGCUGGGUUGGAACGAGAUCGUUGCUGUCCUACGAAACCCUCUCUACUUCGUCUUCCUCAUUCUCAUUGGUGUCGGUGCCUACGUCACCUACACACUCAACCUUUGGGGUCCCAUGGCGCGCAUGACCAACGCCGCGAGCAACCAAGCACUCGAAAUUGGAAAGGAAAAGCUGCGCGAGUUCUUAGCAAACACGGAGACGGGGAGGCAGGCGGUGGCGAUGAGUGGGAGGGGGGAGAGUAUUGGGAUGGAGAGGUUAGAUCGGCAGGGAAAGAAGAAGGUGGAGAGUGAGGAUGAAGAUGAAAUAUGAAACAUACGGUCAGUACUUGGAUGGGUAGGGUCAGGGAUAGCUGUAACAGUCAAUGUGGGUAUGGUCUUCAUCACGGACAUGGGAUUAGGCAUUCAUUCUACUCGAGGCGUGGCUUUUCUGAUGAUUGUACUGUGUGAUAUUGGAUCCCUCUUACUUAGUGUAUAACUGCUGUGUCACGUUGCAGGAGGGCGAGUUUCGGGUCGAUCAAACGGUGUGGAAAGCUUCAUCUGCAUUUGUCCUUCAUCUACGCAGGUACGUAGAUUCGAACUGUGGUAGUGGGCUGGACCUGCUUCCCAACUUCACCUCACGCCCCUCGCGCAGGUCCAAUAUAAACCAAUUCUAAUUUGGGAU